AUGUCCUCGCUGCUGUCCCGGACCAAGCCCGCAGUGUCGGGUUCAGCGUCGGGCAGCGCCGAUGGCUUGAAGCCCGAACGUCAGCGGGAGCAGAAGUCGGCCGAGUCCCGACUGCCCACCCUGGAGGAGUUCCUCGAGAAGCGUGACUUCACGGGAGCCAUGGCCCUGCUCGAAUUCACCGGUACUUCUUCGUCUUCGUCCCAGUCGUCACGCCUGGAAGCUGCCCUGUGGACGGCCUACUGCGCCUUCCACCUGGGUCAGCACCGGCAGGCGAUGCGCAUCUACCAGGAGCUGAUGGCUGACAAGUCGAUGCCGCCUCCCUUGGACGUCUGGAGCUACCUGGCGUGCUGUCAGUUCCACCUGGGUCUGUACCGCGAGGCCGAGGCGUCUGUGCUGAAGGGCCCCAAGAACCAGCUGCAGAGCAGGCUGCUCUUCCACCUGGCCCACAAGGCCGGAGACGAGAAGCGCCUCAUGGCGCUGCACCAGAGCCUGCAGGACAUACUCGAGGACCAGCUAUCGCUAGCAUCUAUUCACUACCUCAGAGCGCACUACCAAGAGGCGAUAGACAUCUACAAGCGAAUUCUCCUCGAAAACAGGGACUUCCUGGCGCUGAACGUGUACGUUGCCCUGUGCUACUACAAGCUCGAUUACUACGACGUGUCGCAGGAAGUGCUAGCGGUGUACCUGCAAAACUUCCCGGACAGUGCGACGGCAAUCAAUCUGAAGGCGUGUAACCACUUCCGGCUCUACAACGGGAAAGCCGCUGAGGCGGAGCUGAAAAGCCUGCGGGAAAGGGCGUCGCCAACCUUCACGUACGCCCAAGACCUCAUCAAGCAUAACCUGGUGGUGUUCCGCGGCGGCGAAGGUGCGCUGCAGGUGUUACCAGGCUUGGUGGGCGCCAUUCCCGAGGCACGCCUCAACCUCGUCAUUUACUACCUCAAACAGGACAACAUCAAGGAGGCGCACAACCUGAUCAAGGACCUGGAGCCCACCGUGCCGCACGAAUACAUACUCAAGGGAGUAGUCAACGCAGCCAUCGGGCAGGCUCAAGGAUCGCGGGAACACUUGAAGAUAGCGCAGCAGUUCUUCCAGCUUGUCGGUGGGUCGGCCAGCGAAUGCGACACUAUACCGGGUCGCCAGUGCAUGGCGUCCUGUUUCUUUCUGCUCAAGCAGUUCGAUGACGUCCUGCUCUACCUGAACUCUAUCAAGAGUUACUUCUACAAUGACGACACAUUCAACUUUAACUAUGCCCAGGCAAAGGCUGCUACCAAAAACUUCAAGGAAGCUGAGGAGGUGUUCUUGAUGAUUCAGAGUGAGAAGAUAAAGUCAAGCUAUAUCUACCAAAGCUGGUUGACACGGUGCUACAUCAUGAACGGCAAGCCUCAGCAGGCGUGGGAACUCUACCAGAGCAUGGACACCUCGAGUGAGUCGUUCAGUCUGCUGCAGCUGCUGGCCAACGACUGCUACAAGAUGGGCCACUUCCUGUACGCUGCACGCGGCUUCGACCUUCUGGAGAAGAUUGACGCCAACCCGGAAUACUGGGAGGGCAAGAGGGGAGCCUGCGUGGGAACAUUCCAAAGGGUGAUUGCCGGCAAGGAUGAGCCGGAAUGCCUGCGGGAGAUCGUGGAGAUGCUGAAGUCCGAGAGCCACUCGCAGGCCGAGUCCAUCAGCAAAGUGAUACGCGGGUGGUGCAAGGAAAAGAAGAUUGCGCUCUCUUGA